UUUCAUUCUUUCUAAAACCCCCUAAAACCCUAAAAUCUCCUCCUCUCGCUCCUCUCUCAAUACUCGCAGUGAGCGAAGCUUAGUGCUCGAAACCUAGAUAAAAUAAUGAAUAAUCUCAAUCAGGGGAUGCCAUUCAAUCCUAAUUUCGACCCCCAAAAUAACAAUUUGGGAAAUUUGAGUGGAGCCAACCCGAACAAUUUCAGUGGCCUAAACCCUAAUUUCAACCCCCGAAACAACAACUUGGGCAGUUUGAACGGAGGCCACCCUAACAAUUUCAAUGGCAUGAACCCUAAUCUCCAAACCAUGGCCCAGAACAACCCGCUGGGCGUUAUCCAGAUGUUGGCAGCGCAAAUCCAGAGCAAUCCCCAGAUUCAGAUGAAUCUGCUGAAUCAGCUCCAAGCCCAAAAUUUCGGUGCUCCAUUUCAGCCAUUUGUGGGUCAGAACCCUAAUCAGAUGAUGGGGAUGCAGAACCUGCAGAUCUUUCCCCCGAGCCAAAUGCUUCAAGGGAGUCAAAUGAUGGGUUUUCCAGGGAAUCCUCAGUUGGGGAUGAAUAAUGUGGGUCCGGGUUUUGGUAGCGUAGCUUUCGGGCAAAGUCCUGUACAUGGUCCUGGUUCGAUGAAACUGGAGCAGCCAACGUCUUAUAAUAAUUCAGUGAAAGCUCAGUGCAAGCCACAGGCCAGUGGAAGUCGGCAGUUUCAGGGUAAUUACAUUGAGGCUAAUAGAUGUGCAACCUCUCAAAGUUCUGCGAACAGAGGUCCUGUAAGAACUUUUCAUGGUUCUGGGAAAGAGCCAUUACAUAACAGAUUCCAGAAAUCUCAAUUGUCUGACAUGAGGGGUUCAAAAGGAAACAUAAAUCAAUCUAACAGGAGACGAGGAAGAGGACAAAAUAACAGGAGAGAGCAGAGAUCAAAACCUAUGGAUUUCAGUGAAGCAGCUCCGAAAGUUAGUGUGAGGUCACUCCCAGUAAACUAUACGAAGCAUGAGAUCCAACUGUGGCGUGAAGCACGCAAGAAGAAUUUUCCAACCAGAGCCAACAUGAACAAGAAGACUACCAAGAUUAGUAAUAAUGAAGAUGCAGACGCAAAAUUACGUCGCCAGCAAUUGAAGGAAGUUCUAGCUAAACAGGCAGAAUUAGGUGUGGAAGUUGCUGAAAUACCACCUGAUUAUCUUAGUGAACCCGAAACCCAAGUCUCCAAGAGGAAAAAUGAAAGAGAAGGAACAUAUGGGGGAUCGGGUGAUAGAUUCAAUAAAGGGAGAGGCAGGGGAAAUGGCCGAGAUAAUCGGCAUUCUAAAAGACAGAAGUUUCAGAAUAAAGGAGCAUCUGCUACUCCUUUGCCCGUGAAGAGGGAACCAAGCCUUCUCGAGAAACUUUUGAGUUCUGAUAUAAGGAGGGAUAAAAGCCAGUUGCUGCAAGUUUUCAGGUUUAUGGUCUUGAAUGAUUUUUUCAAACAAUGGCCUGAUAAACCCUUGGAGUUUCCAAUCAUCAAUGUUAAAGACAAGGGAUACUCUGAGGAGAUUAGUGAUCAGAAAGAAUGCUGUUUGGUUGAAGAAAUGGUUAAUGAAUCCAUUGAAGAUGUAACUUUUGACGAUAAUGAGAAUGGCAGUAGAGAGAAAAUUCAGGAGUCAGAGGAAGGGGAAAUUACAGAUUAGCGGCAUGAUAUUCAAAUUUUUUUUCUUUUUCUUCUUGAAUAUUGUCUUUCUUAUAAUCAAUUUCUAAUGGAAACAAACAGGAGAAGAGAAUCUUUUGUCAUGUAAAAUAUAUUUCUUCUCUCGUUAUUUGUAUUAGAACUUCCAAUGUUUUGGAAAGGCUCUGAUGAAGGUAAUGUGUAUAGGCUACCGAAAAAAAGUUUGCUUUAGUUGAGCUUCUGAGUUUC